CUGCUGAAGAAGCCGCGCUCACCCCCUUCUUCUUUGCUCUUCCUUUCAACCCAGCCUGUCUGGAGCCGCAGAGGACUGUCAGCUUGUACAGACGAAGCACAAGAUCAGAGUGCUGGCAGAGAAACUGUGCCUACAGCUCUGCUACCUGCUUUACCACCCUGUUUUACUCUCCCUCACACAUGCACACCAAAGCGCUCUCACAGACACACAUUCAGAGAACUUUCUCUCUCGUGCGCACACUCUUACAUGCUGACAAGCAGGCAGGGAGGCAGUCACACCCCCUCCCAUUAUCUGUGCGAGGAGCAGUUCUGCUCAUAUUGGUGUGAGCAGCGCGCGGCUGGAUUUCACUCCUCAGCAGCAGCAGCAGCGGCAGCAGCAGCGGCAGCAGGACAAGUCCAGAGGAGAGCAGUCAUUAUUAGAUAUCACACACCAGCUUCUGCAUCUGAAGCGUGUGCCAGUGGGACAGCCAUGGAGGACACCCUCACCUGCAGCAGCCAUGCCACCUUCUCCCAGGUGUUUGGACGCCAGGGGCAACUAAUGCAAGCCACAGUUCAGUCUCUCAACAGCCUGAACGACCAGAUCGCUCAGUUCAUGGUGACCAGACCGUGCAGCCUGACUGACGAGGACGUGGCCUUUAUCCCAGGAGAGAGGGACACAUUGAAGAAGUCCAUGACCCUGAUGAGACGCCUGCUUGUGGAUGCUCAGGGGAAAAUCUUUAAAAUGAUGGACGACAACAAACAGCUGGCACAGAGGAUUGAUGGGGCCAUCCAGUCUGCCAGCCAGGAAGUGACUAACCUCCGCUCUGAGCUCUCCGCCACCAGCCGCAGACUGGCAGAACUGGGUGCAAGCAGCCCCCCUGGCUUGGAGAACCACCACCAGCACAACCACCACGAUGACAGCCUCCACUACCGGGAUCCAUCAGUGCAUCACAGACAGAAGACAAUGGUGACAGACAUGUGCUACCCAACAGAGAUAUCCAGCCUGAUGGACUUUGGCACUCCAGACUGCUCGCUAGGCAAAGUGUUGUUGCGUGAGGAGGUGGCCCAGCUUCAGGAGGAGGUCCACCUGCUCAGGCAAAUGAAGGACAUGUUGAGUAAGGACCUGGAGGAGACGCAGGGAGGCUGCUCCGCCAACCUGCUCUCAGCCACCGAACUCCGUGUGCAGCUAGGCGACAAGGAGCAGGAACUGGACCGUGCCAAAGAGGCCUUACAAGCUAUGAAAGCAGACCGUAAGCGUCUAAAAGUGGAGAAAGCAGACCUGGUAAGUCAGAUGCAGCAACUGUACACAACACUGGAGAGCAGAGAGGAGCAGCUGCGGGAAUUCAUACGCAACUACGACCAACACCGAAAGGAGAGCGAGGAUGCAGUGAAAGCUCUUGCGAAGGAGAAGGACAUGCUGGAGAGGGAGAAGUGGGAUCUAAGGAGACAGACCAAAGAAGCCACAGAGCAGGCCAACAUCCUGCGCUCUCAGAUGGACAUGAAGGAGAACCGAGUCAAAGAACUGGAGGCCGAGCUCACAAUGGCGAAGCAGUCUCUGGCCACACUGACAAAAGACGUACCGAAGCGACACUCACUGGCCAUGCCCUCAGAGCCUGUAGUGAAUGGCAGUCAGGAGUGGGUGAUGCAGGCCGACCUGCCACUCACUGCCGCCAUCCGUCAGAGCCAACAGACCCUGUAUCACACCAACGACAGACAGGCUGUGGUAAGGAUCAGCCCCUGCCACUCCCGCCAGCCAUCUGUCAUCUCUGACGCCUCUGCAGCUGACGGAGACCGUUCAUCCACGCCGAGCGACAUCAACUCACCUCGUCACAGGACCCACUCCCUCUGCAAUUCCAUGGAGGAUCUGGAGGACCAGAAGCGUAAGAAGAAGAAGGAGAAGAUGACUCUGGGAUCCCUGUCUCGGGUAUUUGCUCGGGGCAAGCAGCGCAAAUCACUGGACCCCGGCCUGUUUGAUGGUACAGCCACACCUGAUUAUUACAUAGAGGAGGAUGCCGACUGGUGAUGCUGAGAGCGUGAAUGUGUGUGUUUGUGUGCGUGUGUUCAUGAGUGGGUAUCCACCUGGCUUUAACUGUGUGUACAGAGUGUUUAAAUGCAGGAUUGUAUGGAGGGGAGAGCAUAUUUUAAAACAAAAGCCUGAAAGACUGCUAUCCCCAUAAAUGUACAGUAUAUUACCCUUAAAUUGUAUGUUUGUAAAUUAGAUAUAUAUUUAUAGAUGUACAUGUAUGCAUAUGUAUAUAUGUUUACAUGCAUAUAAAUAUAUACACGGGGUUAUCAUUAUGUGUAGACAUGUUAAUGCUGUAUUAUCUUCCAAUUGUUGAACUGUUAUAUGUUUUUUUAUAACUUGAGACUUGAAGGACUGCUGUCUAUAUGUAAAUAGGAGUUAUUGUGGAAACAGUGUUUUUACUGUAAAUGUCAUUUGGCUUUUGUUACUUUGCAGUUGCUUUUUACAUGCUUUGCAACAUUGAUUUUUAAGUUUUCUCGUAUUCCCAAUUCUUAACUGGCCCUUUUUUAUAAGGAAAGAGGAGAUUUUACAUGAUUAGCUAAAAAAAAAAAAAAAAAAAAGUUAGUUUUUCUUAUUUAUUAAUAAAUAGAUAUUUGUUUGUGACAGGAUUUGCUUGGAUAGGAAUAUCGUCAUGGCAUCGCAAUUUUUGUUCCUAUCAUGAUGUGAGCAGCAGGGAGUAUUGAGUGACAGAUAUAUGACUUAUUUAUGUUGAUAACUAUAUUCUCAGUUACUGUGAUCAACAACCCACCAACAAGGGUUUGAGUAUAAUAGAUAUAUAAUUGCACUGACCUGAAAAAACAAAUAGUGAGCAGUAAUACAUAUUUAGUCUCAUCUCUUGCUGCAGAAACCACCUGCAAGUGCCAGAAGUUGAACAGUCAUCUUUAAAAAAAAAAAAUCUGAGUCUCAUUCUGUCACUGUUAGCGUUAGCCUCGUAACAUUGUUUACGUCUGACUCAUUCCUUACUGAGAGCUAUCUAACAUGCGCCAAUCCGUGAAGAAGGAAUGUGCAUUCAACAUGUGCAUGAUCCCUCUGUGUUGCUUCAAUUAAAUGUCCAUUCAUUGCCAAUCAAAUUAACUAAUAAUCUCUACAGUCCUGUGUUGCUCCUGUGUUGCUUUUUCCCCUUUACCAAGUUCUCUCUCCCUGCAUUAUGAAUGCACGGUCCCUUUUUAUUUGAAUUUUUUUCUUUGUUUUGCUCUGUGUAGAUCCCUCCUCAUUUCUUGCAGAUGUGGCUCCAAUAAUUAUAUGUUAAAUGCUUUGUAAUUUAGGAAUUGUUCCAUAAAAGAUUAAAUCUAUUGAAAUUUUUUAUUUAAAAGAUAGAGAAAAGAGAGUAAACUUCAAUAUUUAUCUGCUGCAGCUGUUGCAGCCAGAUGCUGAGGAGGUUUUAGCAUUUUCAAAUAAUGAAUUAUAAUUGAAAUGAAAUCUUAUUUUAAAAAUAAAACUAGUAACUGAAUACA